ACCCCUCAAACAGAUCUUGAAAUUAGAUGGAAAAGGAUCGGUCCUCACAAGCUCCUCCUCCACAUGUUCUCGUCUUCCCCUUCCCAUUACAGGGCCAUAUAAACUUUAUGAUUAAGCUAUCUGAAUUGCUGGCCCUCACCGGCUUCACUUUCCUCAACUCUCACUACAACCAUGAACGCUUGGUCAAGUUCAACAACAUUGCUGCCCACUUUGAAAGAUGCCAAGGGUUCGAAUUCAAGACCAUAACUGAUGGUCUCCCUCUUGAUUAUCCCAGGUCUAGAAAUUGGUUCCUUGAUAUGUACGAAGAGGCCCUAGAAUUGAAAAUAGAGCCAGGUUUGAGAGAGAUGCUUGAAAAUAUCUGUUGCCCACCAGUGGAUUGCAUAAUUGCAGAUAGGUUUUUAGGCUUUGCUCUUGAUGUUGCAAAGGAGCUUGAAAUCCCCAUUAUUUAUUUUCGUACCAGCAGUCCUUGUAGUUUAUGGGUUUAUUAUUCCGUCCCUGAUAUAAUCCAAGCUGGGGAGCUUCCUAUCAAAGGAAGUGAAGACAUGAACCGGUUGUUAACAACAGUGCCAGGCAUGAAAACUUAUCUCCGUUGUCGAGAUCUUCCUAGUUUUUAUCGAGAAACUGAUAUUGAAUAUUCAAUUAUCAAACUUUAUGUAAAACAAACACGAAAGAGCCCUCAAGCUGAUGCCUUGAUACUCAACAUGGCCGAAGAGCUCGAUGGGCCUAUACUAUCUCAAAUACGCACCAAAUGCCCUCGUGUCUAUGCCAUUGGACCCUUACAUACUCAGUUAAACACUAGACUCAAGGCAAAACAUGGAGAAUCAUAUGAUCACUUCUCGAACACUAUUUGGGAAGUGGAUAAAAGCUGCAUCUUUUGGCUAGAUAAGCAACCAAAUCGAUCUGUUAUCUAUGUAAGUUUUGGUAGCAUUACAGGCACAUCAAGUGAGCAACUUGUAGAGCUUUGGUAUGGACUUCUUAACAGUAAAACGAAGUUCUUGCUUGUCGUAAGGCCGAAUUCUAUCAUUGGAAAAGAUGGUGAAAGGGAGGAUGUUGUAGUGGAGCUUAUGGAGAAGAGUAAGGAUCAAGGUUACAUAGUAAAUUGGGCACCACAAGAGGCGAUCUUGAACCACCUAGCCGUUGGCGGGUUCUUUACGCAUAAUGGAUUGGAUCAAAAUGAGGAGUUUGUACAAUCGGCAGCCAAAAUGGCUAAGGUAACGAAUCAAAGUGUUAAUGUUGGUGGGUCUUCUUGUAGUAAUUUGGAUCAUUUAAUUGAAGAUAUUAGAAUAAUGAGCUUGAGAACCCCAAAAACUAAGAUAGUUUUUAAGGAAUGA